UCGGGCCGCGAACGGCGGCCGGGCCGGGUCAGCCCGCGGCCGGCGCUUCCGCCGUCGUCUCCCCGUGGUCGGGAGCCUCUGGUGGCCGCGCAGGGAUGGCCGCCCCGUCCAGGAAGGAGCGGCAGGCGUGCUGGGGCGCGCGCGACCUGUACUGGCGCUGCCUGGACGACCACGCGGACGACGCGGCCCGCUGCCAGCAGCUCCGCAGCGCGUUCGAGGCCAGCUGCCCCCAGCAGUGGAUAAAGUAUUUUGACAAAAGAAGAGACUACUUAAAAUUCAAGGAAAAAUUUGAAGCAGGAGAAUUCCAGCCUUCACAGUCAACUGAAAAUUCCUAGGCUCUUCCUGGACUUUCACACAGGUGGAAGUCAUUCUUCUGAACUUUCAGAGAUGCUUUGCUGAUUCCAGGACAAAAGCACUGUGAAUCGAGGUGCAUACCAGCUCUCCUCUGAACAACAACUACUAAAACAGAAAUCAAAUAGCAGAAGAUCUCAGCAUUCAAACUGAAGGACUGAAUGGUAUUAAGUGUACUGCUUUAAUUUAGCAAGGGAUCAAUUUUAAGAAGAAAUAUUAUUACAUAAAGUGUUUAUUAUAAAAACACACUGUUUAUCUUUCUUCCCUCCUUUGUAAUAAAACCUGAAUGUAGACAAAUAUAGUUAUACUUGAUAAAAAUAAAAA